AUGGGUCAAACACAGGCAACACCUGAAGUCAAAGCCCUCAUGAAUGAGUUCAUCACGAAUGAAUUCAAGGGGAUCAUGAAGAAAACAAGCCAAGCCGACUUCACACAAAACUUUGGAGAGAGUGUCAAGUAUGCCUCAAACAGAACCAAAGAAUACCUUCUAUUUCAGGAUCCUGAAAACACAUUUCGCCCCAGUGCUGCUACCCUCAAUGAAGUCUUUCUCAUGACAUACAUCAACCAAAGUGUCUACCUUCAGCUGACAGAAACCUUCAAUUGUACUACAAUGACCAAAGAGCAGGAGAUUCUACUGGGUGCCGACUGGGUUUGGGCUCUCAUUGAUGCACCAAGCAAGAACCCCAAAGUCCAGAUCGCAGUCCAGGUCUUUCACCUGUCAGAAGAAGAGGGCAAGCCUGCUAAAGGAGACCAGGUUGAAAUGUUAACUGAGAGUAUGGAAAUCGCCAAGAUGGAGUCGGCUGAUAAAUCAAAGCCAGAGAAGAUGAUUGAAUUCUGCUCCUCAAUCGGCAAGGACUGUUAUGCCCUCUUCCUUUUCUUUGGUCGUCAAAAUGAUCCGGGCAACAUUUAUGGUGUGCUAAGCAAUAACUUCCAGGCUGCCUUUGGCAAAGGUGCUAAAAUCGACCAAGCGUUCGUUGAGAAUUUUUUCAAAGGAUCAAAAACCUUUGUAACCCCAGCAAAGAUGUUGCAGACCAUUGCUCAAAAAGAAAAGAAGCACGACGAACCCCUAACGAUGGUCAUCAAGUUUACCUAA